AUGGGCGUCGCGGCGCGCGCUGCCGUGGGCCCGGCGGACGCGAAGGAGAGGGGGCCCCGGGAGAAGAGGGAGGAGCGGUCCAAGGGGCCCGCGCAGGACAACAAGGGGGGCCGGCAGAGCAAGGGCGGGAGCUGGGUCGGCAAAGACAGGAACGCGCCGGACAACUGGGGCGCGGGGAAGCGGGCGCCGGAGGACGAGCUGGGGAAAAACAAGAGUGAGGAGUGGCACGGCCACACCUGGCCGCGCGGCGGCGGUUGGGCCUCGUGGUCGGGCGCGCGGUGGUCGAGUGCGUCGUGGACGAGCACGUCGUGGUCGAGGGCCAACUGGGGCGAG